AUGGGCACCUGCCACAAGGGCCUCCUCGCAAACUUGGGCAGUAAGGACGGCGCUUUUGGCAGGCCAUGGGACGAGUUGAAACCCUACCGUGUCGGCGGCCCUUUACGGAAUGGCUCCGAGGACCCACCAAUGUCCCCACUGGCAGUAUGGCCGCCGCCCUAUGAUGCAAUUGGGCCUGUCACCAGCGCGGUGUCGGCCCACAUCCACGCCGCAGUUGUUUGUGCAGAUGGCAAAGCUUGGGCCUGGGGCUGCGGUAGCAAUGAUGGCCGCUGCGGCGUGGAGCGCUUCCUGAACAAGAAAGGUGAUGGCAAGCCUCCGGAGGUGGACAUGAUGAAGUGCUACAUGAUGGGGCCACAUCGCAUUGGUGUUGCCCGGCCGCUGUACUGGAAGCAUCCGAGCCUCCAGGGCAUGCGGGUGUUGAUGUUGGCGACCGGCCGUAACCACAUGGCCGGCAUUGCAGUUCCAGCUGGGGACUAG